CCCGACCCGCAACCGCAACGACCCGUUUCUGGGCCUUUUGAAUUCACCUCUCAAAAUUCAAAUCAGAAAACAAAAGGUUAACGGCUCUUCCAUUCCCAAAUCGUCAGAAAACAUGGAACUGAAAUCUCCUCCGCCGUGCCCCCCCACCGUCACCGUCCGCCGCAACCCUCCUCGAAGAGCACGCGCCACCCCUGCUUCCGCCAUCCCCCUCCGCCAACCUCUUUCUUCUCCAUCUCUCUCUCGAGACAUUUUCUCCACCGAGCUCCCACUUCCGCAAAACCCUGUCAAUACCGAUAACAAGAGCACCGAUCCUUCGACCAAAACCCUAUCGGAGAAUCUAAAAGUAUACUUGAGGAUCCGUCCCCUCACAGUAGAGAAAAUAUGCAAAAAUAGAGUUGAGCUGAAGAACGCUUGGCCGAGAAACCCCAAAAUCAAGGGCAAUUCGAGGCCGAAGGCAAAGAAGUGCAGCGAAGUAUGCGUGCAGGUAAACGAGGAUUUGCAUUCCGUCACAGUGUCAACUCCUCAGGUAUUGCAAGAAACGAAGAGAGUCAAGUCGGAGGUGUACGAAGGGUUUUCCAGUGUAUUUGCUUCGGAAGCGUCUCAGAAUGAUGUGUAUGAAGAAAUGAUGAAGCCUCUUGUAGAAGAUUUUCUUAAAGGGAAAAGUGGGAUGUUGGCUGCUAUGGGGCCCAGUGGCUCUGGGAAGACACAUACUGUUUUCGGGUGUGCAAAGGAACCCGGUAUGGUACCUAUAGCACUUGGUCGCAUUUUCAGGGAAGAUGAAAGCAGUGGGAAGAAAUGCUCAAGGGUAUUCUAUCUGUCAAUGUUUGAAAUAUCUUCGGAGAAAGGAAAGUCCGAGAGAAUGAUCGAUUUACUACAUGACCGAGGUGGUGAUGUGUGCAUGCAACAGUCAGUUCUCAAGGGAGUUCAAGAGGCUCUGGUUUGUGAUGCUCAGCAAGCGGAGUCCCUAAUUGCAUAUGGAAUGCUGAAACGUGCAACAGCUAUGACAAAUUCAAAUAAUCAGUCGAGUCGUUCACAAUGCAUCAUUAAUAUCCGCUAUGAUUCAGAGAAAGGUGAUGAAGUAGUUGAUGGCAAAACAAGCAGCACAAUGCUUACAAUAGUAGACCUUGCAGGAGCAGAGAGAGAAAAGAAGACUGGUAAUCAGGGGGUUAGAUUGCUUGAGAGCAAUUUCAUUAACAAUACAUCAAUGGUGUUUGGUCUGUGUUUGAGGUCUCUGUUGGAGCACCAGAAGAAUCGAAAUAAGCCACUGCAGAAGCACUACCAAAACUCCUUGUUAACCAGAUAUAUGCGAGAUUAUCUGGAAGGCAAGAAGAGGAUGAUGUUGAUUUUAACAGUCAAACCUGGAGUAGAAGAUUACCUGGACACAUCCUUUCUGUUGAGGCAGGCUUCACCAUUCACAAAAAUCAAGUAUAAAUCCAUGGAAGAUCCAGUAACUUGCAACAAGAGGCCCAAUCAAGCAUUUCCUCGAGCAGAGCAACAUAAGAAAAUGAAGUUUAGCAACAGUGGAACUUCUGUGAUUGGUGAAGGGAUUAUUGACAGAGGUUUCCAUUUUAUGCCCAAAGAAAUUGAUCGGAAUGUGGAUAAAGAUUGUCUAAAUGAAAACAUUGACGAAAUUUAUGGUGAGAACUUAAAUGAGAAUCGGGUUCUAUUAGAUGGAUUUGUUGGAUGUGAAAUACAAGAUAAAUUGCCCUUGAAAGGAGAUUACUGUGAAGUUACGGUUGAAAAAGAUCGGGAGUACCGAAUUAUGCAAGGACUUUCAAAAGCUAUGUGGACUGUCCUGAAACAGUACAAGAAAAAACUAGAGGAAGUCGAAAUUGAUAAUUGCCAUCUAAGAGACAGCCUAAUGAAUGAAAAGACGAGAAUCCUGUACCUCGAGAAUGAACUGAUGGGUGAAAAGAUGAGGUUCCUUGAUCUGGAAAAUGAACUAGGGGAGUUGAAGACUCAAUGUACAUGUGAUAAUUCUCCAGUUUCAGGAGAUGAUGCUUGUUUCAAUCUUUCACAACAUCAAAUGAUUGAAUUGCAUGAGUUGAACCCAGAUGUUUCAUCGUAUUCCUUGAAAGAGUUCGAUCAAAGUGAAAGCGAGAAGAUAACUGAUUCCCCGGCUAGAGAUUCAAUUGUGACCUAUGCUUCAAGUUCUGGUGGAACUGAAGAGCACUACCCGCAGCAAGUGGAAAUCCUCCUAGAAAGUAGUGGCGAUAGUGAUGGUGAGAAGGACUUUAAAGAUACCAUCACAGUUGAUGUGUGCUCCAGCAUCCAGGAACGUUUGAUAAGUACUAGUGACACUCAAGAUCUAAUUUGCCCUCAAGAUAAAGGCAUAGUAAAUAUGUCUUCCAGAAGUGAAGUAACUAGUCAGUUGAUAAGUGUGUGCCAAUUGGAAGACCUUCCAGAAAGUAGUGGUGAUAGUGAAGCUGAACAGGGGUUUAAAGAUACCAUUACAGUGGAUGUGUGCUCCAUAAGCCAGGAACUUUUGAUAAGUACAAAAAACGCUCAAAAUCUGAUCUGCCGUGAAGAUAAUGGCAUAGCGAAAAAUUCUUCCAGAAGUGAAGUAACUAGUCCGUUGACAAGUGUGUGCCGAUUGGAAGACCUUCCAGAAAGUAGUGGCGAUACUGAAGCUGAACAGGGCUUUAAAGAUAACAUCACAGUGGAUGUGUGCUCAAGAAGUGAGGAAAUUUCAACAAGUACUAAUAACGCUCAAGAUCUGAUUUGCUGUGAAGAUAAAGGCAUAGUGAAUAUCUCUUCCAGAAACGAAGUAACUAGUCAGCUGACAAGUGCGUUCCAAUUAGAAGACCUUCCAGAAAGUAGUGGCGAUAGUGAAGGCGAAAAGGGCUUUAAAGAUACCAUCGCAGUCGAUGUGUGCUCCAAAAGCCAGGAACAUUUGUUAAGUACUAAUAACACUCAAGAUCUGAUCUGCUGUGAAGAUAAAGGCAUAGUGAAUAUUGCUUUCAGAAAUGAAGUAACUAGUGAGCUGACAAGUGCGUGCCAUUUGGAAGACCUUCCGGAAAGUAGCGGCGAUAAUGAAGGUGAGAAGGGCUUUAAAGAUACCAUCAAAGUGGAUGUGUGCGCCAGAAGUCAGGAAAUUUCAACAAUUACUAAUAGCUCUAAAGAUCUUGAAGAUCAAGUGAGAAUGAACAUGCCUACCAGAAGUGAAGCAACUAGUGAGUUGACAAGGGCGUGCCCUAACACAAGUCAAGAGUCUGAAGAAGAUGCUAUAAACAAUGCUGGAGAAGCAAAUAAUUUGGAACCAGAGAUUGAAAUCGUAUCAAAUGGACCGUCUUUUGCUACUCCUCUUAAAUCUGGAAGUGCUAAAAGUUCUCAAGACCAUGAAGGUAUAAAAGGUGCCACAGGAGAGCCAACUCAGCUUGACAAGGGUGCAGCAGAUUACGAGCCAUCAUUGGUUGAGGACCAGAUUGUUUACGUGACAACCCACUCCCAGACUGUGAUUAACUCUUCUGGAACUCCUCGGAAAGAUGAUAUUUAUUCUCGUGUGGAUGAGGAGCAGCUCGAUAAUGAAGAGCGCAAGGAGCAGCUGGAUUCACCGCCACCGGUUGUUGUUCUACCUAAGCAAGAAUGUGAAACGAAAAACUUGCCCAAAUUUGUGCCCAAACAAGAAUGCGAUGCACAAAACAUGCCCAAAUUUGUGCCAAAGCUUGCUUCAUGCAGCAAUUUCCAGCAGACAGAGAAACCGAAAAGGAGACUUCAACCAGCUUCAUCUGUAUUGUUGAAAGAUAUCAGCAUACUAGACAUCAAGGAUGACAAUGACAAGCCAAAGGGGGGCAGGGGUGGAGGGAAGACAGUGACGAAGGAAGACAAGAACAGAACACAAGGCAGCUUAUCUCUCCUUAAUCUGCUUACAAGUAACCUUAAACGAUGAGAAAGUCUCGUUCUCUAAUUUUUGGCUGUAUAUUGAUCUUGUACAGGAAUAUGUUGGAACAUCUGUUCAAUGAAGUCACUUAAGUCUGUCGGUAA